GGUGUAGUACGACUGGAGAUGAAGAGGAAGGAGCAUGAGCGUAAAGGGACAGCCAAAGUUGAUUUCCUCAAGAAAAUCGAAAAAGAGAUCCAGCAAAAGUGGGACGAUGAGCGAGUCUUUGAGGUUAAUGCUUCGGACAGGCAGAGCCAGAAGAGCAGGGGGAAGUACUUUGUUACCUUUCCCUAUCCCUACAUGAACGGCCGCCUUCACCUGGGACACACAUUUUCUUUAUCUAAAUGUGAGUUUGCGGUUGGGUAUCAGAGGCUGAAGGGAAAGAACUGCUUGUUUCCGUUCGGCCUGCACUGCACGGGGAUGCCUAUAAAGGCUUGUGCAGAUAAGCUCAAGAGGGAAAUGGAAUUGUAUGGCUGCCCACCUGAGUUUCCUGAUGAGGAGGAAGAGGAGGAAGAAAAUUCUGCUAAAAAAGAAGAAAUUAUCAUCAAAGACAAAGCAAAAGGCAAAAAGAGCAAGGCUGCUGCCAAGGCUGGCUCUGCCAAAUACCAGUGGGGAAUCAUGAAGUCUUUGGGUCUUUCUGAUGAGGAAGUGGUCAGUUUUUCGGAAGCUGAACACUGGCUGGAUUACUUCCCUCCCCUUGCUGUCCAGGACCUGAAGAGCAUGGGAUUGAAGGUGGAUUGGAGGCGCUCUUUCGUUACUACCGAUGUCAACCCUUUCUACGAUUCCUUUGUACGAUGGCAAUUUCUUACGUUAAAGGAAAGAAAUAAAAUUAAGUUUGGGAAGAGAUACACCAUUUAUUCUCCAAAAGAUGGGCAGCCUUGCAUGGAUCACGACAGGCAAACAGGAGAGGGUGUUGGGCCUCAAGAAUAUACGCUAAUAAAAAUGAAGGUGUUGGAUCCUUAUCCUGCAAAAUUAAGUGGCCUGAGAGGGAAAAAUAUCUUCUUGGUGGCUGCUACGCUCAGACCAGAGACCAUGUUUGGACAGACUAACUGCUGGGUUCGCCCGGACAUGAAGUACAUCGGCUUUGAAACUGUGACUGGGGAUAUUUUUAUCUGUACCCAAAGAGCUGCCAGAAACAUGUCCUAUCAGGGCUUCACCAAGGAUAACGGAGUCGUACCUGUUGUCAAGGAGCUGAUGGGAGAAGAGAUUCUCGGCGCUGCCCUUUCGGCACCUCUCACCACCUACAAAGUCAUCUAUGCUCUUCCCAUGCUCACGAUCAAGGAAGAUAAAGGAACUGGAGUGGUAACCAGUGUGCCCUCUGAUUCUCCGGAUGACAUUGCAGCCCUGAGAGAUUUGAAAAAAAAGCAGGCUUUGAGGGUGAAGUAUGGCAUCAAGGAUGAAAUGGUCCUGCCGUUUGAGCCGGUGCCCAUCAUUGAAAUCCCAGGCUAUGGCAGCCUGUGUGCUCCGACGGUCUGUGAUGAGCUCAAAAUCCAGAGCCAGAAUGACCGGGAGAAACGCUACCUGAAGGGAUUUUAUGAGGGAGUAAUGUUGGUGGGUGGAUUCAAAGGACAAAAAGUUCAAGAUGUCAAG